GCAAUUCAGUGUUCAAUUCAAUGCAAGAUCGUAGCUCAUUUUAGAUUUUGAUUUGAGCGGUGGAACUUCGAAUAAAGUGGUUGAAUUUUGGCAAAAGGGAAAAGAUACAUACAUAUAAUAUUCUACAUUCAAUGUUCAAACAAAAUAAAUAUUUAUUAUGGGCGCUAAUGGUGAUUACCCAAAUGUUUACCGCGCUGUCAUCAAAUAAUACUUGGUCAUGCAGCGAUACUGAAAGCAUUCCGCGCAGCAAACUUUGUGAUGGUUUUGUCGAUUGCAGUAAUGGACGAGAUGAGACUGCCUUAGAGUGUGUGACGGAGCCUUGCAGUGAGGACGAAUAUCGUUGUGCAUAUGGGGCCUGCAUUAAAGCUGAAAAGAAAUGCAACAAGCAAAUCGAUUGUUAUGAUCGAUCAGAUGAAACUGAUUUUCUAUGCGGUACUGAGGAGGAAGUUUCUAAAAAGAUCAGAGGAAACUGUUCAGAUGUUGAAUUCCAAUGUGUUUCCGGGGAAUGUAUUGAUGAAAUAACAAUGUGUGAUGGCAUAGUAGAUUGCUCCGAUUCGUCUGACGAAACGGUCGAAUCAUGUUCUCAUAUUGAAUGUUCGGAUUUGUCCUUCCGAUGCGCAUAUGGUGCAUGUAUUAGUAUAGAACAGCUGCUAGAUACUAUUUGGGAUUGUGUAGAUGGAUCUGAUGAGGUGCAAAUAGUGCAAUCUCAGCCGGUUAGUUCAGAAGUAGAAGCGGAAAAACAUGAGCCAGAGAAACCAGAUAUAGAGACGUGUAGUAUUCCAUAUCAAAAUCCCCAUUUGAUAACUAAAUUAAUCAAAGAUGGCGUUGAAGUAAAUACGGCUCUGAGCUACUAUGAUAAAGUGUUACGUCAUGACUUUGUGAAGUUUGAAUGUUCGCCGACCUUUACUUUGAUUGGAGCUGAGCGUUUAGAAUGCAUAAAUAAUGAUUGGUACCGUCAGUGGCCGCAUUGCGAAAGACCAGACAAUUUAAGACCGUGCAGAGCAAAUGAGACGACUUGCGACAAUGGCGAUUGUAUAAAUCCAGCCGCACUUUGUAACGGUGUCAAGGAUUGUAGAGAUGGCUCAGAUGAGAUACCGCAAAAAUGCUUGAAUAGAACUUGCACGGAGAAUGAAUAUAAAUGUAAAUAUGGAGCUUGCAUACCAAAGGACAAUCGUUGUGACAAAAAAAUACACUGCGCAGACGGUUCUGAUGAGACAACUUUGCUGUGCAGCAGUGAGGAUAAUUACGCAAAAGCACUUCAAGGCAGCUGUGAAUCUGAGGAUUUGAUUCAGUGCCGUUCGAAGGAAUGUAUUGAAUAUCAUUUAAUUUGCGAUGGUAUACCAGACUGCAGCGAUGGUUCCGACGAGUCUGUUGAAAUGUGCGCACACAUACAAUGUACCGAUUCCUCUUUUACAUGCGCUUAUGGUGGCUGUGUGUCCAAUUAUGUUCUAUGCAAUGGUGAGGUAGAUUGUGCCGAUGGUUCCGAUGAGAUAGCGGAAAUUUGCGCUCCGAUUGUUAUCGAGAAUCAAAAAUACGAGGACAUGUAUAAUUACGAUGAUAAUGUCAAUACGAAUAUAGAUCAAUACGAUGUAAUAAAUGAAAAGCGAAAUUUUGUGGAAAAGGCUAUUAAAGAAAAAGUUGUAACUGUAAUAGUUGGGCCAGAAGUCCAAACCAAACCUGUAGUUGUCAACAAGCAAGAAACAAUUCACACGGAAAUGGCGCAAAAGCGAUGUACGAUACCACCAAAUCGUCCGGCUCUUCGAGUCAUCAAUGAAGCGCAGAAUGUAACGAUAAAAGUUGGUGGUCAAGUUAAUGCUCAUGAUAUAGUGACCUUCAGCUGCGAAGAUACAUGGCACUUGGUUGAUGGCCAGACUGAAGCUCUGUGCAUGUCGUCCGGUGAGUGGUCUACGACUGUACCGAGAUGUGAAAAACGUUGUCUACCGCAAUGGAGCGGUAUUUCAACACAUACUACUUGUUCGUAUAAAAAUAAAUCGGCUGACUGUCAAACAAUGCAUAGUAAGCCCGAAACAAAGGCGCUAGUAAAAUGUGCCACCGGUUAUAAGCCAUUAACUAAAUCUGAAGAAUUAAUUUGCGACGACGAUGGUGAAUGGAGUCAACCAAAAUUCAAGUGUAAACCACAAUGUGUGACUCUAUCAGGGGAUAUGUCGAAAAGAGCCGAAGUGCUUGUAAAAAUUUUCAGUCUAGGUUACAAGGGUAGUAAUCAUCCGGAAUCAUUUUCACUAAAAAACGAUCUCCAAUAUGGAAUGGCAUGUAUUGGUACCAUCAUCUCUCCGAAGCUGGUGCUAACUUCGGCUUUAUGUUUCAGUACAAAUAAAUUGAACAACCGAAUAGCUGCGAAUGAUCCGAUUUUAUACUCAAUUCUUCCGGCAGCCACGAAAAAGGAGAGUUUUGGACAAUAUGAGCAACCUCCCGGUAGACAUAACAUAUCGCAAAUAUUUAUAGCGGAUAAGGUACUCGGUGACAACAUAGACACUCCAGCGAUUGCUGUACUGGCCGACUACUUUGUUAUAAUUCCAAAUAAAAUAAUGCCAAUUUGUUUGCAAUUCUCAGGAAAAUGUUUGAAUCAUAAAAUUAUAGAAACUACGGAGGCAUUCCUCGAAGGUACCGUUGCAUUAAAAGGGAAUGACUGUUUUGUUCUUGCCGGUUUAACGAAGUACAUAUUUAUGGAUGAAUAUCAGCAGUGGUUGGAAACGAAAGUUAUGCUUCACAAAUAUAUAUUGUGAAGAUAGGCGAAUGCAUAACCAAUGGCAGCGAUAAUCUGAAAGCACAAAAUUUGAUAAUUAAAAGUCAUAUUACUUUCAUAAUCACAUUUUUUAUU